AGGGACGCGCUAAACGUCUUGACGUCACACGUACGGCGGUAUACGCGAGGGGAAAUUUGAAAACAGCCCUGUCGCGAAAGCUUGUAAUGUUCUGAACGGUUGUGGCAGUUGUCUUCUUUUACUUACAGCAUGGAUACAGCUUCAAGUCUGAAGUCUUUGUUGCUUGCUAUCAAUCAGUAUAAAAACAGCAAGACUGUACAAAAUGCAUCACAACUGCAGAAGCAUCUUGAUGUCAUAUCUGGGUUCAAGUCCUCAAAACUCUUUGCAUCCAACCAAGUCUUGCCUAAUGAAUGUUUGACCAAUCUUGUUGAGCUUGUUGCUGACCCAAACAGCAAUACUUCCCUGACUCUUCAGAUUACUGGCCUGCUCUCACAUUUAGUUUCAGAUGAUGAAACUAGAGAUACUCUACUAAAUAGCUGCAAUCUUAUUAGUGCGCUUGCCUCUGCAGUUCACUCCAACAGUUCUACUCCUAAAGCACAAGUUGUGUUGCAGAGUCUUCACCUUUUACAGAAAAUUACAUACAAUGCACGAGUGUCUCAUUCAAAUGCUAAUGUUGAUGAUCUUCUAACAUUUUUGAUGCAACACAUACAGACACCUGAUGAAGAUCUAAUGAUACCUUGUCUUGGACUAAUGGCAAACCUCUGUAGGCAUAAUCUUUCAGUUCAAGCAUACAUCAAGUCUUUGAGCAAUGUAAAAAGUUUCUAUCGAACACUUAUCACUUUUCUGGCACAUAAUAGCUUGACAGUUGUUGUGUUUGCCCUUUCUAUACUAACAAGCCUUACUUUUAAUGAAGAGGUUGGUGAAAAGAUCUUUCAUGGAAAAAACAUCCAUCAAACAUUUCAAUUGAUUUUUAACAUUAUUGUAAAUGGGGAUGGCACGUUAACACGAAAAUAUGCAGUUGAUCUCUUGGUGGAUCUUCUCAAAAAUCCCAAAAUUGCAGAUUAUCUUUCCAGAUAUGAACAUUUUAGUUUGUGCCUCUCCCAAGUGUUGGGCCUGUUACAUGGAAAGGAUCCUGAUUCUGCAGAAAAGGUUCUCCAGCUCCUUAUUGCUUUUUGUUUGGAUGGAAACCUGUGUAAGAUUCUUUGCAAGACUAUAUUCGCAACUCGCAUUUUUGCUGCAAAUGAUUGCAAAAAAGGUAGCAAUGGAAAAGUUAUUGAGCCUGUCAUUUCACUUCUGCACUGGUGUAGCCAAGAUGACCAUCAGAAUUCCUGCUUGCUUGCUCUGGAACUUAUCAAGGAACUGUUGCUGGAAGCAAUUGAUUCAACACUUUCAAGUUCACUGCUGCCUUUUGUUGAUUUUUUGCUGCCUAUUCUUCUGGAGCUCCUGCAGGUACCAGUUCAGCCACCACAUGAUUCUUCUGCAAAAAAGAAAUGUGCAAGAACUGUCAGAGCUAUUGAUAUUUUACUUGUUCUUACUGAUGAUGAAUCAUUUAAAAUGAAUAUUGCUAAACGAAUUACUGCAAACAUGUGUGUGUCAAUAUUAGAAUAUCAGUUUUCUAGUAAUUCCAUGGAAAUUGACUUUGGGAGUUAUUUUUCUGUCUUUGGCAUAAUUGAUGCUGAUAUUGUGCUAAAGACUUUAAAUCUAAUGAGCAAGAUAAAACAUUUGGUGCCUAACUUGGAAACAAGUUUUUAUAAAAUACUUCAGGAUCAGCGCCUCAUUACACCAUUGUCGGCUGCUUUAACAUCAGAUGACAGACAGAGAGUUCAAACUGCCUUGAGGUUACUGUUUGAAGCUGCACCACUUCCUGACUUCCCUGCAAUGGUGCUUGGUGAAAGUAUUGCUGCAAACAAUUCUUACAGAAAGCAUACAACAGAUAUUUUAGUAAGAGGAAAGCCUUUACACGACUCAUCGGCCAUUAUGCCUAAGCAGUGUUGUCAGACCUACAGUACUGACGGUCCACCAAAAUCAAAUAUUCAAAACCUUAUAGAAAAGCUACAGACAGGAAUUGAGUUAAAGGACCAAAUCAAGGAUAAAAGGGUCUCUGACAUAAUAGAUGUCUAUGAGCAGAAAAUCUCUGCAUUAGCUUUGGAAGAAGGACGAUUACAAGAUCUUUUGGAAGCAAAAGCUUUAGCACUUGCUCAGUCAGACCGAUUAAUAGUUCAAUACCGCUGUCAAAGGGUACAAGCAGAAGAGGAGGUGCGAAAACUGGCCAGUCUUCUGAAGGAUGCAGAAAGAAAGAAUGAAGAGUUUUCUGUACUACUUAAUAAUCAGCAGCUGGAGUCUGAACGUGCAAAAGAUGAUAUUGAACGGCUUUACCAACAUAACCGGAAACUGCAAAUUGUUGCUGAGGAACAUGAAUCUUUAAAAAUGUCAUUCUCUGAUUUGGCUAAUACGUAUGAUGGAACUGAAAAACAACUAAAGGAUCUCCAGGCUUCACACAAUAAUUUAAAUAAACAAGCGGAGAUGAUAAAAAAGCAAAAUGAAAACUUAAAAUUUCAACAUGAUAAAACCUUAGCACAGUUAUCAGAAGUGGAAGAGAAGCGUAAGGAGGUAAUAAAAGAAUUACAGGAUAAAGAUAAUCUAAUAUCAAGUUUACAACAGAGAAUAGUACAACUAGAGAGAAAUGUAGAAAUUAAAGAAAAAGAAAAGGAAGACAUGGAAGAAACGAUUGACAUUCUAAGAAAAGAAUUAAGUAAAACCGAAUUGGCAAGAAAAGAGCUAAGUAUUAAGGCUUCAUCUUUGGAAAUUCAAAAGUCUCAGCUAGAAACACGACUGACAGAAAAAGAAACCGUGCUGAAGUCUCAACAGGAAGAGCUAAAUAAACAUUCUCAUAUGAUUGCCAUGAUCCACAGUCUGAGCAGUGGAAAAAUGAAGGCUGAUUCAGUAAACCUUAGUCUGUAAAAUUACCAUUCUACAGUGUAGAACUUGUAAAGGAUUUUUUAUGAUAUAGUAAAAUAUAAUCUAUUUACAUAUUACCUUUUGUGUAAUGAGACAAGUAUCUUAUCGAUCAUAUGCAGAAAAUAAGCAGCAUAUUUAUGUAUACAAAUAAAUGUUUUGCUUGGUCUAUACUUUUUUGCAAAUGUAAACAAAUAAAAUAACGUGUUUUGUGUUUUAUUAUCUCAGGUUUCAUUUACAAAGGUUAGUGUCCUCAGUAUAAAUUUUAGAAGCCAAUACAUUUAAAUGUAUAUGUUUUGAUUUCCCUUUAUAAUUUAUAAAAAGCAAAAUGGCAAAUAUACGGCACAAUGUUGUUUUGAAACUGUUUUGUAAUUUUUUUAUGAGGUUUUUAUUUGGGAAUUUUCAUUAACAGUCUUCCAUUUUUAUAUUUGUGUGUCUUGUUUUAAGUGUUUGUAAUGUUAGUCCUAAUAAACUGUCCU